CUUCCACGCUCCGUCCAAAAGGGCAUAAAAAACCUUUUAGUAUUCACCUGUAUUGUUUUCUGAACAUUCGUUACAUAACCACGUCCUGGUCAAAGUACCAAUCAGCACCCGGCGCUCAGACUUCCUCCAGAGACCCCGUGUCUCAUGUCACAGUAUAAGAAGACAAACCACAAGCCUUCCGAGACGAGACACAACCUACCAUACCGGAUACAACGACCGGGCCACAGAGAAGAAUGCCGAGGAAAUCCAUGGCGUCUCUGAACCUCCUUGCUCUACUUUUCCUCUCAUAUUUCUGCUUCGGGGAUUGUGCCAUAAGCUUGGAACAGCCUUCGAUUUUGUUCGCCGCCGUUGGCUCCACCAUCGAUUUAAACUGCCACCUUAAAAGCGAUGAGCAGUUGACGCGGAUCAACCUGUACUGGUUUAGAAUAGGACUAAAUGGAACGUUAAAGAAGUACCUGUACCCUCCACGGGCCGUGCCCAGCAGCAGCAUCAGCAGAGCAUCUUCAAUCAGUCUUCUUCACCCCAAUCAUUCUACAGACAUGUCCUUGAGUGUGUCUAACCUGACGCUCGCCCACACGGACACCUACGUAUGUCACGUGUCCCUGGUGGUCGGGAUGAACAAUAGCGCAGUGUCAGGGAGCGGGACCUUUCUUCUUGUGCACGAACCUCUGGAAACCAGUCUCAAUGAAAGCGACCUUACCUGUACAACAACCGUUCAGACCGUGACAGAUGUGACUCUCGUCUGGGAACAUGAGAAUGAUGUCACGUUGGGAGAUCCCGGCUGGCUCGCCAAUUCUGAUCAUUCCUAUUGGAUCAGUAACACCUUUCCCAACAGCACGUCCCUGUGCCACCCCCCGCAGAACCUAACCUUCACGUGUCACCUCCAAUACAAGGGGACAGCUGUAGCGUCGAAAAGGAUGGAAGUCACCUGUGCAGGUUUGGGGGAAGCCCAUCAGCCUAUACUUCUAUACAGUCUUAUCCUGGGAAGCUCCCUUCUCAUACUCCUCGUCCUUCUUCUGAUUUGGAUUAGGAACAAAUGGAUCUUCAGGACAAACCCGGACAGCUCGCUCUAUACAAACAUUUCUGAUUUAAAAAGAUCGUAUUGCUUGUAGAGGAAAUACUGUGAUAGUAUUGAGGAGCCUACCAAAAAGGAUCUAUAAAUACUGUAGAUAAUGGCUACAUUUUAUAAACCUUUUG